CAUUCUCUGGCACAGUGAGACCGAGAACACCCUAACACGAUUAGUCACUUCUCUCAUUCGCAGUAGUGUUGGUGGUCUGGUGGGUACUAUCUAUCGUUCAUUGUGUCGAUUCGACGUUGUGUUGUUCACUAAACUGGGGCAAUUUUGCAAGUGAGAUUCAGCAUCAGUCAGUACAAUCUUCACCAACAAAACCUUCUUUCUGAUCCGUCAUAAUGGCAUCGCGUCGAAAGAUAUUAUUGAAAGUAAUAAUUCUUGGAGACUCAGGUGUUGGUAAAACUUCGUUGAUGAACCAAUAUGUCAAUCGGAAGUUUUCUAACCAGUAUAAAGCAACUAUUGGGGCAGAUUUCCUCACCAAAGAAGUUAUGGUUGAUGAUCGCCUUGUAACAAUGCAGAUUUGGGAUACAGCUGGACAAGAAAGAUUUCAGUCUCUUGGAGUUGCUUUUUAUCGUGGGGCCGACUGUUGUGUUCUUGUUUUUGAUGUGACAUCUCCUACUAGUUUUAAAGAUUUAGAUUCCUGGAGGGAUGAAUUCCUUAUUCAAGCCUCACCGAGAGAUCCUGAGAAUUUCCCUUUUGUAGUGCUUGGCAACAAGGUUGAUUUAGAAAAUCGAGCUGUUUCCACCAAAAGGGCUCAGCAGUGGUGCCAUGCAAAAAAUGAUAUUCCCUACUUUGAAACUAGUGCAAAGGAAGGAAUAAAUGUUGAACAAGCCUUCCAAACAAUAGCUAGAAAUGCUUUGGCUCAGGAAACACAGGUCGACCUCUACAAUGAAUUCCCGGAACAAAUCAAGCUGACUCCAGGUGAUCAGAGAGGAAAUGGUAGACAGGAUUCUUGUUCCUGCUAGUUGGCGAUUCGUCUUGAAUUUUCUUGUUCUCCAAUCCACAUUUUGAAUCGGCACUGCUGGAUUUUUUUUUUUUUUCAAGGGAAUAUCCAAUACUAGAGCGGUUUAUUUUUAAUGACCAAAUGUUCUAUGGCUAAGAAACUUUGGUACUACAGGUCUUUAAUGUAGUAUAGUUCUCAACUUCCUAAAACAAUCGAUUUUUUUCCCAUUCCGUCUGUUGGAAUGUUAAGCCGAUGAUAAUAUUUAGGUGAGAAAUUUUCCUCCGGCAGCGGAACGUUGAUUACUGCUGAUACCCCUCCCUAUAAAUAUAUGAAUACAUACGUUUUUCUUCUUUAA